CAUCUCUUCCAAAACUUUUGUGCCACAGGUCCAGUAUUUGGUACAUGCAGCAGAGUAGAACUUGAGGACCUGCCAUAUGUACCGGUAGCAAGCUAGACAGGUUCAUCCAUAGAAAACAGGGAGAAAGAGAAAGAGAGAAGUAGGAAAACAUGAGAUCCGGUUUUGCCAUGGCAGGCUCUGUGCGGUUUGCGACCGCCUCCACAGCAACAUUUCGUAAGAGUCACCCUAAUAGAUCUACAUCGAGUGUGCUUCGAUUGUCGUGGCACAACCAUCGCAACCCCUCGCUCUCGUUGCGAUUCCUCAGUUCUCCUCCGUCAUCCUCCAGCUGGGGCAGUGACCAAACCAACAGCAACAGCCACAGCAACAAGACGCCCCGAAAAUCAGGUUCCAUUCCCUACAAGUUGCAGUUUUCCAUCACCCCCACGCGCCAGGGAUACAAGAUUGACACACUGGUCAGCCAUCAACUGCGACAUUUUGGUGACAGCAGUAGCAGUAGCAGUAAUAGUGAAGAAAAGGAGGAAUCUUUGAAAAAACGCCGCGAACGUCUCAAACGCUUGACAGUGGUCUAUCCGUACAGCAGCGAACAAGACAUUCUACGCAAACAACGCAAACGCAAAGAAGCAGCUCGGAAACGCACCGUGGCCAAUGUCAAUCGAGCAUUGCUCGGCAAUGUCAUUAUUGCCGGAUCCAAACUAUUUGCCUGGUUGACUUCCCAAAGCAGUAGCAUGAUGUCGGAAUUCAUUCACAGCUGUGUCGAUUGUGCCAAUCAGUACUUGCUACUACAGGGACUACGAGAUGCCAGCAAUGUCGCCGAUCGAAAACAUCCCUACGGAUAUGGCAAGAGUGUCUACUUUUGGGCACUCGUGUCGGCACUGGGAACCUUUUUCAUGGGCUGUGGUAUCUCCAUGAGUCAUGCCUGGGGGGAAUUGAUGAAUCCGUCGCUGCAUGAAAUUGGUCCCGAAGUUCUGGGAGUCUUGGCAUUUAGUUUUGCCGUGGAUGGAUACGUCUUGUUCAAAACCAUUCGGGAAGUACAAGAUGAACGACCCAAAAAUGGGACCUCCUUUUGGAGUCAUGUCAAAGCCAUGCGGGAUCCGGCUACGUUGGCCAUUCUAUUGGAAGAUGGAGCGGCCUGUUUUGGAGUCCUCUUGGCCAUUGCCGGUACUACUUGUUCUCAUGCCACGGGGAAUCCCAUUUACGAUGGGCUCGCGGGAUGUUCCAUUUCGCUCUUGUUGGGAUCCAUGGGACUCGUAUUAGCCAGUGUCAAUUAUCGAUUCCUUCUUGGACAAGCCGUCGACAAGGACAUUACCGACAAUAUUGAAAAGAUUCUCAAGAGUCGAAAGAGUAUCGACGCCGUCUCGUCGGUACAAUCCCAAUGGACCGGUCCGGAUACAUUUAGUUACAAGGCAGAAGUGGAUUUUGACGGGACAUUUCUCGCCGCCAAACUCAUGCCCACGCACGAACGAGAGUUUUUAAACAUUCGAGGAGAAAACAUGAAAAAGGAACUACCCUUGGUCUUGAGUUGGUACGCCGAAGAUGUCAUUCGGACCGUCGAACAAGAAGUGCGCAUCAUUGAACAUCAAGUACGCAAGCGGUAUCCCGCGGCAGAGUACAUUGAGUUGGAACCCAUGUCCAAAGACAGCCACGAAUUUGCCAUUGACGGACAGUUUGAAAAGGACCUUCGAAGGGCCGAAAUUGAGAAUCUGGAAAAGCUGCGGGAACUCAUCCCAGCGCUCGACAAUAUCGAUGCCGAGAGCAGACCGUCGGGGGCACCCACAGCUCCAGACGAUGUGGUAGGAAGCAGCAGUACUGGUAGUACUACAGAAAAGACAAAAUAAUAAAGUGGCAUUCUCAUUUUUGUUCAUGCGAGCUCAUUGUUUAGAAAGCCUGUUUGCUUAUCAGCACAGCAAGGAGUAGAAAGAUCUGUUGGUGGCAAGUAAACUAAGAACUAGAAUAAAUGUGGAAGCCAACUUCGGUUGGCAUGAGUGAGAGUUAUGAAUCAAUGAAAUGAAACGUCGCCAUAGC